AUGAAGUUUGUCAUAAUCGGAGAGUCGGGGACGGGGAAAUCGUGCUUGCUACAUCACUUUGUCCGGAAUACUUUCAGGGAGCAAUCUGCGCAUACAAUUGGUGUCGAAUUUGCCAGUCGAAUAGUCAAAAUUGGUGACAGACGAAUAAAGCUUCAGCUAUGGGACACAGCGGGGCAAGAACGCUUUCGAUCCGUCACCCGUAGUUACUAUCGUGGUGCUGCAGGUGUCAUCCUGGUGUUCGACAUAACACGCCGAUGUACCUUUAGUCCUCUCCAACGGUGGCUAGAUGACGCCCGCGCACUUGCCUCCCCACAGGCUUCUAUCGUUCUCGUUGGCGCCAAAUGUGAUAGGGAAGAAGAUCGCGAAGUCAGCUGGGAUGAAGCCAGUCGGUGGGCAGCCGAACGUCAGCUUCACUAUCUCGAGUCCUCCUCUCUCACGGCAUAUCAAACGACCGCCCCAUUCCUACACUUAACUCGUUCCAUCCUCCUCUCUAUAGAAUCUGGUCUGCUCGACCCGUCCUCCCCUGGAUCAGGUGUAUCUUAUGGUGAUCGGCAUCUCAGGCUACGGAGGGCUCGAAGCGGCUCGACGUGGAGCGAUGGUGAUGAAAGUGGGAGGUUGAGCGUGUUGCUCAUGAGCGAAGAAGGCAGAGGACGUAGAACACUCUGGUUUGGCAGGGGGAGGGGGGGGAAAUGUUGUUGAAUAUCUUAUUACCGACUUGAGUUCUUACCUGCGCACUUGCUACCCUCAGUAUAGUUGUGGCAUCCUCCACAUAUAUAUUUGUACCUUCGCUUCAUCUAAUUUUUCUAACGUUGGAGGCAAUAGACUUCACAGAAUUCAUGG